GGAAAAUUCCGAGAAAGAAGAAGAAUCACGGACCCAUGCCCUAAGGUCGAUAUACGAUUAGGAAACCUUCCCCUGGCGCUAGUUUCUGACUUCCGAGAGGGACAAUGGAGGAAGAAGAAAUAGAGAAGGCAGUGAUAGCGUACCUGAAGAAGAAGGGGUUCAAGCAAACAGAGCUAGCUUUUCAAGAGGAGCAUCAUCAGCAUCAAAAUCAACAAACCAAGAACUCAUCUUCCUCUAUCUCAUCCUCCACCGACCCUGAUAUCGCCAAGCACAUUCUCUCCUUCUCCGAGUCAGAGAAUAUUCCAGCAAGAUACCACGAGGGAUAUAGCAAAUUAAGAUCGUGGACUUAUAGUUCACUAGAUUUGUACAAGCAUGAGUUGCUUCGAGUGCUUUAUCCAGUAUUUAUACACUGUUUUAUGGAUCUUGUGGCAAAAGGGCAUAUUCAAGAAGCUAGGAACUUUUUCAAUAGCUUUCGUGAAGACCAUGAAAUGAUGCAUUUAAGGGACCUUCAAAAGUUGGAAGGAGUUCUUUCUCCUUCUCAUCUGGAGGAAAUGGAAUUUGCUCAUUCUCUGAGGCAAAGCAAAGUCAGCAUAAAGAUAUGCCAGUACUCUUAUGAGCUUUUGCUGCAAUAUCUACAUAAGACACAAUCCAUCACCAUGCUUGGGGUUAUCAAUGAGCAUAUUAACUUCCAAGUUUCUCCCGGACAGCCCGCCUCAAUUUCUGAUGACGCUGAGGUUGUGACACUUAUUGGCGGCAGCCAAGAUGAUGCUAAUCAGAUCAAUCAGAAAGAAAUACAUUGGGGGUUGCUUGAAGGGUCUUUAGAAGAACGGUUAGAGAAAGCAGGGGGUUUGCUUUCAGAUUCUGAAAAAGCAGAAGGAGAAGUGAAAGAGACAGACACAGAAGAGAAUAAGAAAAGAUCAGCAGAAGGAGGAAAACAAGGUUCUUCAAUAAAAAAGUUGAAAAAGGACAAGGUUGUUGGUGCAGCAGGAAAAACUGCGCGCCCCGAGGCUAAUGCAGUAUCCAUGGCACCACGAGUCAAACCGGAGCUUGCUUUGCCCGUAAUGCCAACAGAGGUAGAGCAGUCUAUUCUUGAAGACCUGCGAAACCGUGUACAGUUGAGUAGCAUGGCACUGCCAUCAGUCAGCUUCUAUACGUUUAUCAAUACACACAAUAGUUUAAACUGUUCAUCAAUAUCCCAUGAUGGAUCUUUGGUUGCUGGUGGAUUCUCAGACUCAUCAUUGAAGGUUUGGGACAUGUCAAAGCUUGGGCAGCAAGCUGCUACUUCUAUUAUGCAGGGCGACAAUGAUUUGGCUCCUACCGAACAAAUUCUUGGAACAAGUGGUGGAAAAAGAUCUUAUACAUUAUUUCAGGGUCAUUCGGGUCCUGUUUAUUCAGCCACUUUUAGUCCUCUUGGGGAUUUUAUUCUUUCCUCCUCAGCAGACUCAACAAUUCGAUUGUGGAGCACAAAACUAAAUGCAAAUCUUGUUUGCUACAAAGGUCACAACUACCCUGUUUGGGAUGUUCAGUUUAGUCCUAUGGGACACUAUUUUGCCAGCUCUUCGCAUGAUCGAACAGCCAGGAUUUGGUCUAUGGACAGGAUACAACCCUUAAGAAUAAUGGCAGGGCAUUUGUCUGAUGUUGAUUGUGUACAGUGGCACAUAAACUGCAACUACAUUGCGACAGGCUCAAGUGACAAAACAGUUCGAUUAUGGGAUGUACAGAGUGGGGAGUGUGUUCGCAUUUUCAUCGGCCACAGGAGCAUGGUUCUAUCUUUGGCAAUGUCACCUGAUGGUCAGUACAUGGCAUCUGGUGAUGAAGACGGCACAAUCAUGAUGUGGGAUCUCUCUAGUGGUCGCUGUGUCAUGCCUUUGAUGGGUCAUAUGUCAUGCGUAUGGUCACUUGCUUUCAGUUGUGAAGGCUCGCUCCUCGCAUCUGGGUCUGCUGAUUCCACUGUAAAACUGUGGGAUGUGACCACAAGCACAAAGGUGCCAAGAAGUGAAGAAAACAAAAGCGGAAACACCAGCAGGCUGAGAUCAUUGAAGACUUUGCCAACCAAGUCUACACCAGUGUACUCGUUGCGGUUCUCCCGGAGGAAUCUUCUAUUUGCAGCCGGGGCGCUCUCAAAAAGUGGGUAAAAUCUUGGUAUGCCAGUUGUAGUUUUAGGUAAACUUUUUGAAUCCUAAGUGUUUUAGGUUUAGACCAUUUUUCCUUAUCUAUUAAUGUAAAAUUUUGUUCCAUGAAUGAAACAAUCUGAGGAAAACUAGUUAAUUUGUGCAGUGGUUGAGGGGUUUUUUUUUGUGGUAAAUGACUCUAGUUGGACAGACUGCCAAAAUUCUUGAUAUGAAAAAUGUGUCUUAAGCAGGAUUUUGAUACUUGACAUGAAAAUUCUCCUGUA